AUGUCUUCGUCGUCGUCGCCGUCGCCGUCUCGGCAGCCUCGGACGGCGAAUGCCUGGAAUUGUUAUAAAAGAGAGUACAGAGCAAGAUUCUGCCGUGGAAGAGGAAAUAAGAUUGCUGUAGAACCAGGUCAAAACAUACUGAAACUCAUACAGGACGGUUUUGAAGGUUGUGGCAAUGAUCUUACAAUUACCUCUUCAAGUCCAGCGCAUUGCUCAACUCCUGUCAUCAGAAAUGACAACAUGGCUACAGGGUCAACAGGAGACUUAACUAACUCCGUGGAAAAAGCCUUUAAUUCUGCAAUGUCCUUACCUGCAUCACCACUAAAACCAGUCAACAACAGAGCAGGAUGUUCACAUGAAUCACCUCUGAAGCCUGUAAUAUGUGAUUGUGUAGCUGAUUCUAAAACCCCAGAGUCUCCAGUGUCUAAAGAAAAAACAGACGACACAUUAAAAGAUGUUGAAGCACUACACAAAAGUCCUGACAUGUCUUUGGACCCUGAGGAUGGUCAUGGGCCAAUUAGAUUGCUUCUUCUGGAGGAAGCAAAAGGUCCUCCUGUACAUACAUUACACUUUCAUGGCCAAAAUGCUCCUGCUGCAGUGAAGAGCCACAUGGAAGUUGAAAAUCUGGGAGGACUUCAGACUGGAAGAGAUGAGCAGGUUCUCAUGAAUGGAACAGAAUGUAUUGCUACGUCUUCUGUACAGAAAAGGAAGUCUUUCUCUUCAGUUGUCUUAGCAGCUGUAGCAACAGAAACACUUGGAAAAAGGCAUUCAGCCUCAAUAUCACCUCCAUCACCUCCUCCUGUCAAAGAUCAAGAUAUAGAAAAUGAAUGUGAUUUUUUCGUUGAUGAAUCAUAUGAUGUAUCUUGUAAUUCUUUCAUUUCAAUGCCCCGUACGAACAAAAAAUCAAGAAAAGCUAGCUCUGCAACUCCUGUUUCUAAGUUUCAGCCCUCUGAAAAGAUGACAGAGAGUAAGAAAAGCAAGAACAGAAAAGCACAAGUUGAAGCACUUACUAAACAGACAAUGGAUGAUUUGAAUGUCAGAAUGCAUCAGUUGAAAAGAACAUCAGAAUCAGAUUCCAUCUCUGACAGUGAAGGAAAGGUUCUUAAAUCUCAAAGGCAAAACAUUACUCGUAUGGAAAAGGAGAAGACAGAGGGUAAGAAAGGCAAGAAGAGAAAAGUGCAGGUUGAAGCACUUACUAAACAGAAAAUGGAUGUUUUGGACGUUAGAAUGCGUGAACUAAAAGGAACAUCAGAAUCAAAUUCCCUCUCUGACAGUGAAGGCAAGGUUCUUAAAUCUCAAAGGCAAAACAUUACUCAUAUGGAAAAGGAGAAGGCAGAGGGUAAGAAGGGCAAGAAGAGGAAAGUACAGGUUCAAGCACGUACUAAACAGAAAAUGGAUGAUUUGGAUGUCAGAAUGCAUGAAUUAGAAGGAACAUCAGAAUCAGAUUCCAUCUCUGACAGUGAAGGAAGGGUUCUUAAAUCUCAAAGGCAAAACAUUACUCAUAUGGGAAAGACUAAAAAGGAUGCACUUAAGCAAAGCUCUCCAAACAAGGAAAAGGACACACCCUGGAAACCAGAAGCCAAAAAAAUUAUGUUGUCACAGUCUGGUCUGGAAACAAAAGCAUGUGAUGCAGAACAGUGUAAAACAAUGGUGAUGCCAAGUGAGGAUUCACUUAUGUCCUCAGCUGGGCAUCAGCAAGAGCAGUCUCCGUCUCCAAAAGAGAAUCUCAAGUCUUCCAGGAAUCCACGGUCUGCUUCAAAAGCUUCUCAGCAUUUAGUUCACAAGAAACAAUCUGUUAAGCAGAAACAUCCAGGGGGUACAGUAGCUAAGAGACUGGCAGGAAGUCCAAGGAAGAAGCUCAAAAAAAAUGGCAAGAAAAGUAGUGAUAAAAAACCUCAGUUACAAAGAAAGGAGAUUUCUCACAGUGUACCCAGUGAAGAAGAGCUUGAAAGCGAGCCUGCAAAAUUGGAUGAGGUGUUUGCCUCAGUCCUGUAUCAGGAAUUAGAGACUUCUGUGAUUCAGAACUUGGCUAAGUCUGAAAAGCCUAAAAAUGUAUUGCAGACAUUGGAGUCCAUUGGUGGUGCAAAUUACAAAACUCCUGUAAAAGCACUACAGCAUGUCAUAGGCAGCGUGAAGAAUUCUGAAAAGAAACUGCUGUCAGCUAAGUCUUCAGGGAAGAUACCCGAAAGGAGUCACUGCAGAAGCAGUGAAGGUGUUUGCUCAGGCCCUGAGGACGAUGAGUCUCAAAUGGAUUCUGACAGCUCUUCUGUACAGGAAAGUACAAGGGAAAACCGCAAGUUAUCAGAUGUGAAAAUAAAAAGAAACAAAAGAAAACGCUACGCACAGCACGGACUAAAAGAUUCCAUUGCAGCUCAGAAGCCUACAUGUCACGAAAGCAGGCCUGUUCUAGAACAUUGUGAUAAAUUUGCUUCCAGCAGUCAGUCUUCUGAACAGGAUGAUACAUCUUCAGAUAAUUCUGAAGGGUUGGACAGUAAAAUACAUCAUCUAUUGUCAGACGAAUUAGCAAGACAUAAAAUAGUAAUGCCUUCCAACACACCUAAUGUUCGUCGGACAAAAAGGUUACGGCUGAGACCUCUGGAAUAUUGGCGAGGCGAGCGUGUGAACUAUACGAUGAGGCCUUCAGGAGGGCUUGUGAUUAGUGGAAUAGUGUGUCCAGAACCAGAACCUCACAGGAAGAUUAAACUGAGGAAGGAUGGUCACAAGCAGAGAAAGGAUGAAACAAGAAGUGAGAUACCUCCAAAUCUGGAUCACAGCCUAGCUGAUACUUCUAAGCCAACUGUUGUAGUGGACCCGGUAACAAAUGAGGAAGUACUUCUAGAAUGUGUUAACACUGAAAGCAGUAACGCAUGCUUCUUCAAAGACGAAUCGGUAGAAAUAUAUAAAAAUUUGAAUACAUCUGCUUUUGCCACUGGUAAAUUGAUUUUGAAACCAUUUAAAGAAAAGGGACAUCAGUUUGUCCACAUGGAUACAAUAGCUUUCCAUAUUAUCUGUGGCAAAGUUCUUGUUACCUUACAUAAGACAUCAUAUUAUCUGACUACAGGGGACUUUUUCUAUGUUCCAGCAGGAAAUGGAUAUAACAUACGUAAUCUUCUGAAUAAAGAAAGUGUUCUUCUCUUCACACAACUCAAAAAAGACAGGCCAAAUCCACACAGCAUGUUGGAGACAUAGCUCUGCCUGCAGACUGAAGAUCAGCUGCUGCAAAUGAGUUCUGAGGAACAUUGUAACUACCAUCCGACUGGCAAUACACCCCAGCUUUAAGGGGCACGUUGUUUCAUUGAUCUUAGAAGGUAUUUCUCCAGUGUAAAUUAUAAAUAUGUGAUUUGUUACAAAUUGUUUUUAAUUUUGUAUCAAUAAAUAUUAAAUAAUGCAAAUCA